GAAGGGAGGAGCAGAUGGGAAAUGGAAUUUGUGACAUUUGUGGGCACAGGCCUGCGACGCAUAUUAUCACCACCUCACGCGGUGGACGCCAGCAGAUAACGGAGUUAUGUGAACAGGACCAUGCCCGUUUGCGAGGUAAAAGCCGUGCCGCUUCUCCGUUCGAUUCUCUAUUUAGCGGCGGGGGCUUUAAUAUGUUUGACGAUCUGCCUAGUGAGUUUAGUAGGCUAAGCUCAGACAUGGGAUAUCCGCUGCCACGUGACCGCGAAGCGACUAACUUGGAAGAUUAUCUCUCAGAACACACCAAAGAGAUAAUUCAGCAGGCCGCUGAAACCACCGUAAAAUUUGGCCGCCGUGAAGUAGAUACGGAACAUCUGUUGUACGCAUUGGCCGAUAGUGAUGUAACAGCUGAAAUUCUAAAACAAUUCAAGCUGGCAAAGGAUGACCUUAAAGGUUAUAUCGAGGUGAACACACCAAGGGGUGACGAGAGAGAGCCGGAAGAAGGUCAGGUUGAAGUAAUGGUUUCACCUCGUGUGAAGGCGGUUCUAGAAAGCGCGUUUCAAGCUGCGCGCGAGUUAGGGCACGGCUAUGUCGGGCCUGAGCAUCUACUGAUCGCGCUGGCGGAAGAAGAUGAAGGUUUGGCUGGAGAAAUUUUGCGUAGGUAUGGCUUAACACCUCAGGCUUUGCGUCAAAAAACGGUUAAAGUCGUUGGCAAAGGUGCCAAAGAAGGUCGCGUGGAGAGUAAAACAAAUACCCCGCAACUGGAUAAGUUCUCGCGCGACCUUUCUAGACUUGCAAAUGAGGGUAAGCUUGAUCCAGUUAUAGGACGAGCGAAAGAGAUUGAGACGACGAUGCGGCCGCUUGUAUCUGAUACUGCGACGUCGUCAACGAAU